AUGAUGAACAAUAGUAUAGAAUCAAGUUUUUACAAUGCUGAAGAGAAUGAUGGAGAAACCGAUAAUUAUGUUACAUGUCCAUUAUUGCAACUAAAAUAUUCUAGAUCAAGAAAACCAAUUACUAGUCGUUUGGGACAAAAGGGUAGAUCUUUAAAACACAUAAAUGAGAAUCGACCUUUAUUUGAAAAUAGAACCGCAGAAGCUGAUUUGGGAGGAUCAUUUCAAAUACGUACACCUGAAAAUGUAGUAACUGGUUUUGAAAAACUUGACUUAGUACAUGAUACUCCAUUUGUCCGUCCAGCCAUUAAAACUCACAAUGAUAGUGAUUUAGAAACUCCGAGUGACACAAUAACUAAUUUGAAAAAUGUAAGACCUAAUAUUGCAUUAAGUACUAAACGGUCAUUAUACAAUAAUAAAGAAAAUUUACCAGAGCAAAUAGAAGAAUUAAAAACACCUGAUUCUCAAAAAUUUAAUCAAUGUAAUACUAGUCAGCCGUCACUCACUAUAAAAGAAACUGCAAAUAAAUCAUCAGAGAGUGUGAAAGACGAAACAUAUUAUGUGUCACCUGAAACUUCAAGAUACAACUAUGAUACCAGUUUGUAUCAUAGUAUCAGAGAAACAACUGUCAUACCAGAAACAUCACAUUCAUCCUUUUCUAUCAGAAAUUCUGAUUCAUUUGUUAAUAAUUCUUUAACAUCUAAGCAAUUAGAAUGUCAACCUCUAGAUGAUCAACCUAAUCAUACUGCACUUGAACUCUCUCCUGCAGGAAACCGUAACAAUUUUGUAGUACGAGCUCGAUCUCCCAUUCGUCAUAUUCCUGUUGGAUUUGUUCAAGAUGGAGAAUUUAAGCGGCCAAUUAAUUCAUCAAGUAGCAUGUGUGUUAAAUGCGCCAAUGAAAACUAUAUAUCUGUUAAAGGAAUUAAUUAUAAUAUACUUAAUACACUUGGCCACGGUGGAUCUAGUAUUGUGUAUGAGGUUUUACAUCCAGACACAAACCAAGUGGUUGCAAUAAAAAAGGUAGAUUUAUCUGAAGUUGAAGAUAUUAUAGCAAAAGGAUAUUUAAAUGAAGUUAAUUUGUUACAAAAUCUGCAAUCAUGUGAAAGUGUUAUACGCCUUUUUGACAGUCAAUAUACUAUUAAGGAUAAGAUACUUUACAUGGUAAUGGAAAAAGGUGAUACAGAUCUUUCAAAACUCAUUCGUAAUACUAAACAUAUGUCUGUACAUAUGAUAAUGUACUAUUGGUCAGAAAUGUUGAUUACUGUUAAUGAAAUACAUGCUAAAGGUGUUAUACAUUCAGAUCUAAAACCUGCAAAUUUUCUUCUGGUUAGUGGUCGUUUAAAAUUGAUAGAUUUUGGUAUUGCAUCAAAAAUUCAAGGAGAUAUGACAAGUGUAUUGAAAGAUGUGACUACUGGAACUUGGAAUUAUAUGAGUCCAGAAUGUAUUAGGAGUGGUGGUUCAAAUUUUCAAGGACAUAAAAUAAACCAAAAAUCAGAUGUGUGGUCCCUAGGAUGCAUAUUGUAUAGUUUAAUUUAUGGUAAGACUCCUUAUUCACAUUUGACAAACACUUGGCAAAAGUUACAAGCCAUUGCAGAAUCUACACAAAAUAUUAGUUUCCUGAGUCACAGUAAAACAUUUACUCAAGGUAUACCACCUGUACUAAUGCAAACAAUGAAGUUAUGUUUGAUAAAAGAUGUGAAAGCCAGACCCAAUGUAGUUGAUUUGCUGAAGCUUAUUGAAAAUACAGUAUUCAAACCUAUGACUUAA